AUGCCCCCACCCCCCGCCCUGCGCAGCCCGAGUGCAGGGGCCGCCUGGAGGGGCACCCAGUGGGAGGGCCCCGCCCGGUCCCGGCGCACCUGCAGCCCUCCCGCCGCGCCGACCGGCCGCUGCUGGCACCGCGGGGCGGCGUUCGGGACCCGGGGGCGCGACAGGCCCAGCCCGGGGGGGGGGGCAGCUGGACGACCGCCUGCAGCCCAGGCUCGGGUCGGCAGCCCUGGGGGGGGCGGGGGGAGCCCGGAGGCUCCACGGGGCCCCGGGUCAGCGGCCUGCACCUGCCGGAGCUCCCUGUCCCUCGGGCCCCGCCCUGCCCCUCCCUACACACGGGGGACAGUGACCCCCAGGUGCCGCGGCACAGCCGGCGCGGGGGCUCGCGAGGCCGCACCGGGAGGACCACGCGCGGGCCAGGGCCAGUGGGGCGACGCGGGGGGAGCAGGGGGCCAGGCUCAGCGCGCUGCCCAGACAGCGGGUGUCGCCCUGCCGUCGGGCCCCCCAUCCCGGCCCGGAGGGGCCCCGGGGGCGUCGGAAACGCGACGACCCGACGACCUUCGCCGCCGCCGCGCACGUCCGCCGGCAGGUGCCCCUCGCCGCCAGGUGGGCCACCGGGUGCGCAGCGGGGCGACCCCGGGGCUCUGCGCGCAAUGGGGGCGAGUCGGCCCUCGACGGACGUGCAGGCCCUCCCGAGAACAUGGUGCCGAGGGAACGCGGCCGGCGCACACGGCCACCUACUGGUCCCAGGGUGGCACCUGCGGCAGGCGUCUAGCGGACGCCAAGCGGCAGGGACGGGAGGCCGAGGAGCGGUGCCCCGGGGCAGGAGGGGGUGCAGGGGGCAGUGAGCGCGCGGCGGCCGGGCCGUCUGUGCGGGGUGGUGCCGCGUGUGCACCCGAGAGGGCCGACAUGUCGGGGGUGCACCUGGUGGCGCGCGAGCUCCUGCACGCUGGUCGGUGGCGCCCUAUGCCGUCCGCGCGGCGCAGAGCCAGCGACUUCCCGCCUUUUCUGGUGGGCGAGGGCCGGGCCAAUGGGGACGCGGUGACCUCAUCAGGCCUGCGUGUCACCGCGUGCGCAGUGGGGCGGGGAGGGGGUGUCGCGUUUAUAAGGAGCGGGGCGUCAUCGCCCGCGGCUCAGAGCUCGGGAGCAGCCGGCCCAGCGCGCCGCACGGCGGUGCACCCGCGCGCUCCUCUCUGCGCCCCGACGCCGUUUCGGCAGCGCAGCCCGAGGUCCGUCUCUCCGCAGCCCGAGCCCUCCCGAGAACAUGGUGCCGAGGGAACGCGGCCGGCGCACACGGCCACCUACUGGUCCCAGGGUGGCACCUGCGGCAGGCGUCUAGCGGACGCCAAGCGGCAGGGACGGGAGGCCGAGGAGCGGUGCCCCGGGGCAGGAGGGGGUGCAGGGGGCAGUGAGCGCGCGGCGGCCGGGCCGUCUGUGCGGGGUGGUGCCGCGUGUGCACCCGAGAGGGCCGACAUGUCGGGGGUGCACGUGGUGGCGCCGCGAGCUCCUGCCGUCCGCGCGGCGCAGAGCCAGCGACUUCCCGCCAGCGGCUUUUCUGGCGGGCGAGGGCCGGGCGGGGCCAAUGGGGACGGGGUGACCUCAUCAGGCCUGCGUGUCACCACGUGCACAGCGGGGCGAGGAGGGGUUGUGUCCCUCGGAUACGGAGCGGGGCGUCAUCGCCCGCUGCGGAGGGCUCGGGAGCAGCCGGCCCAGCGCGCCGCACGGCGGUGCACCCCGGGGCUCCUCUCUGCGCCCCGACGCCGUUUCGGCAGCGCAGCCCGAGCCCGAGGCCAGUGUCUCUCUGUCCACAGCCUGAUGUUUCCGCGGCCCAGGCCCCAUGUCCCCGCGGCCCGACGCCCGACGGUCCGCAGCCCGGGGUCUCCGCAGCCCGAGGCCCGUGGCUCCGCGGCCCGACGCCCGACGGCCCGCAGCCCGGGGUCUCCGCAGCCCGAGGCCCGUGGCUCCGCGGCCCGACGCCCGACCGUCCGCAGGCGGGCCGCAGCCGGGCCGCAGCCCGAGGCCCCGCGCCGAGCGCCGCCGAGGCCCCGCACGCGGCUCCGGGGGAGCCGUGGAGGGCGGGCCGCCCGCCCCAGGUCGUGCCGCUCGCGCAGCGCCCGCGCCGGGCUGGCCUUCUCCGUGUGCCAGGUGGAGCGCCUCCUGCGGGCCGGCCGCUACGCCAAUCGCCUGGGCGCGUCCGCCCCCAUCUUCCUGGCGGCCGUCAUCCAGUUCCUGACGGCCACCGUGCUGGGGCUGGCGGGCGACGAGGCCCGGCACAGGCGCAGCGCGUACAUCACCCCGGAGCUCGUGGACCGGGCGCUGCACAACCACGAGCUGCUCAGCGGCUUGUUCACGAUGACCACCGUGUCCCAGGUGGCCCCGGCCCGGUACUAG